UUUAUAAGAUAAGUAGAGUAGAGGCUUCUCUUAAGUAAUUCAUUCAUUAAUUAAUGCUCAUUUUUAUUGUAAGGUGCUAUUAUCAAUCAUCACAAUUCAACAAUACAAUAUAUAUAUAUACAUACAUACAUACAUACAGCUGCUACUGCUGAUACUCUCUCUCUCUCUAAGCUCUCUAGCCUGUAGAUGAUGAAUAUGAAUGAGUGAGAAAGAAAAAAAAAAAAGAUAAAAUCUUUACAGCCUUUCGCAGUACUCUCCAUGAUCUUCCCCCUUUAAAGCUGACAGAUUUCUUCCAUUCUCUCUCUCUCUCUCUCUCUCUCUGCACUUUGAAUUUCCAUUUAAUUUCCACUGUCUUGGCUUUGCUUUGGGUUAAUAAUAAUGGUCUUGGAUAAAUUGGUUUCAGCUGUCUGUUGAAUUUGAAACACCAGGUUGAGCGAGAAAACCUAGAGUGAGAAACACUCACACAACACAACAGAAGCAAAUAUAUCAUGUUGGAGUAUGGCUGGGGAAACCCACCGUCGAUCAUGCUUUCCGCCGACGAUAAUGCCCAAGAUUCCGACGGGAAUCGAGGGGUUUACGACCCUUACGCCGCCCACAACUUCUCCGACACCGCCAAUUUCAUUUCCCCUGACCCCAAUUUCGCCGCCGUCGCCGGACAUCCGCACCACCACCACCACCUCCCUUUUCACCACCCCCAAAACCCUAAUUCCAACCCCCAUUUUUCCGGCAUCUACGACGCACGUGGUUACGGCGCCCCGUCGGCGUUCCCACCGCCGGCCUCAUUGCUCAGCCUCGAACCCACCGCCCCUGCCGGGUACAUGGUGGUGCCGAAAACCGAGCCCGGCGGCGGCGGCGGCGGGGGGAUCGACUUCAACGCGGAGUUCAACAGCAGAAUAGGGCUGAACCUCGGCGGCCGGACUUACUUCGCCUCCUCCGAGGACGACUUCGUGAACCGGCUCUACCGCCGGUCCAGGAUCCUCGACCCCGGUUCGGUUAACUCGCCGCGGUGCCAGGCGGAGGGCUGCAACGCCGACCUCACCCACGCGAAGCACUACCACCGCCGCCACAAAGUCUGCGAGUUCCACUCCAAAGCCGCCACCGUCAUCGCCGCCGGCCUCACCCAGCGAUUCUGCCAGCAAUGCAGCAGAUUCCACCUUCUGUCGGAAUUCGACAACGGCAAGCGCAGCUGCCGGAAAAGGCUCGCCGACCACAACCGGAGAAGAAGGAAAUCUCACCACUCUAAUCAAGACAACCCUAACAAGUCCUCGUCGUCGUCGUCUUCAGCUCAUCAUCAUCAUCUCGACAACAACAACAAUAGCAGCAGCAACAAUGGCCCCAAUUCUUCGUCGGAAAACCUACCAAGAUCUCCGCCGGAUUCGGGGGCGCAUUCGUCGUCGGUGACGAUCGCGAUAUCGCCGCCGCGAAUGUCACUGGAUUGUUUCGGAGGUCACAGAUCCAGUUACGGGACAACCUCGUCCACUGCGUCAAUAAGCUCGCUCUUCUAUUCCAACGGCUAAUUAACUUCAUAAUCGCUGUCUAAACACUGACGACGACGACGAAGAAGAACAGAUUGAUCAGUUUCCGACAAGGCAGGCAGGCAGGCAGGCAGUAAGUAAGCAAGCUUGAUUAAUUAAUUAAUUAAUAACAUAGUGAAUUCGACUGGUUAAUUACCGUACGUACCCGACUCCUUAAUUAAUUUAACACCCACUUCUAGCUAGUUUAAUUUGUUCUUAAUUAAUUUUACCUUGGUCAUUUUGGAUCAAACAUCAUCAUCAUCAUCAUCAUCGUCAUCAUCAUAUAUAUAAUAUAAUUUAAUAUUAAUUUCUUUAUUACC